AUGAAUGGUGAUGCGGAUAUUACAGAUAUUGGUCGAUUCUAUAUUUUGCCAUCGACAUACAUUGGCAGUCCUAGACACAUGCAUAAGUACUCCCAGGAUGCGAUGACUUACGUGCGCAAUUAUGGACGGCCGGAUUUGUUUGUUACAUUUACUUGCAAUCCAAAAUGGCCAGACAUUACGAAUCUAUUGCAUCCCGGUCAAUCACCAAGCGAUCGCCACGACGUUACAGCACAGGUGUUUAAACAAAAACUCAGAUGUUUGAUGGACUUUACUACGAAACAACGUGUAUAUGGCACUGUUCGAUGCUGGAUGUACUCAGUGGAGUGGCAGAAGAGAGGUUUGCCCCACGCACACAUUCUUCUUUGGAUUGUGGAGAAAAUUACACCUGACCAAAUUGAUCACAUCAUUUCCGCCGAAAUUCCUGAUGUUGAAAUAGAUCCAGAGUUGCACGAAGUGGUGAUGGCCAAUACGGUUCAAGGGCCCUGCGGAGAACACGAUCCAUCUUCGGAUUGUAUGUCGGACAGUAAAUGCAAAAAACGCUAUCCCCGUGCUUUUAUUUCGUAA